AUGUUCUUCUACCUGCAAAGCGGGAAAAACAGUGUAGCAAAUGGUGAUAAAAGACAGCAGAAAUCAGGAAAUCUGGAUCGUUUGGAUGCUUUAUAUCACCACUGGAAAAGUUUAAGUUUAAAUUUUGAAAAACAAGCAGAAAAUUUCGAAAAACGGUUGAAAGAGGAAAGAGAUCGAACAGAUGCCGAAAUGCGAAAUGCGGUAGUUACAACCUUCGAGCAAAAACUGCCGAUAAUUUUAAGCAACAGCAAACUAUGGAUUUACACGUUGUUUGUGAUGAGGCAUUGGCAUUGGUUGUGGAGGUUUGCGGGAUGUGAUCGAGAUUGUGAACGCAAUGAUAAUCGAGGAUUACAACAACAACAGCUUCAUAAUAAUGGUGGUAGGCGUUAUUAUAGUGAUAAUCGUAAUCGCAUGCUUCGUUAUAGAGAUUAUGAUGAUGAUCGUCGAUCUCGGGGUUACGAACCACCGCACGAUGAUUUUAGUCGUAAUCGGAGACAAACGUGUUUUAUUUUUUUAUAUUUUGAAACAUUUAAAAAUGUGAAAACUUUGGCCAAUAAUUGGAAUCUUUAA